AUGACCUUUGUCAAAACCCCCGUUCGGGCCUUCACCAGCCUCUAUUCAUUAUCCAAGGUCGUGCAACCUUCCAGCACUCAGCAUCGAUGCCAAAUCAUGGCAAACAUGACUGACUUGACUGAACAACCUUCAAAUAGAGCAGAAGGCUCCAUUGCCUCGGCUUUCGCCUCUCUAUCCAACCAGUCCAUUGACCUUCCCGCACGACUUCUACGCCUGAAACAAGAUAUCUCGCGAGGAAACGGGGAUGCCAUCUUGGAUGGAUGGCACCGGCUGUUAGAACGAGUAGCAGUCGACAAACUAGCGCAGUGGGAUUCUCAUAUGAUCCCAGAAAUCGAGUUCUCCGCGAUCAAAUCCAACAAUGGCAAUCUUCCGGACCAUGCCAAGCAAGCUCUGAAGGAACGGGGUACGAUCAUUGUUCGGGGAAUCGUGUCCCCUGGGGAGGCUCUUGCAUGGAAGCAACGUAUUCGCGAUUGUGUAUCUGCAAACCCUUCCACGACAGGGUUUCCCGGUGACUCUAGCGUGUUGUAUAUCCCAGCUGCCCCACUGUGCGAGGUCAAUAGUUACUACCUGAGACACCAGCGGAAUAAAUUUCUCCAAAGGGCCCCCCUGAUUUCCCUGGCGGUAUCGGCGAGAGCCAGCACAAGCACUGAGGCACUCUGGACGAUUUAUCCGAUCGAGGCAAACGUGCUAUGGGUUGCUUGA